AAAGCACAACAGUUUGCAACACGGGCCAAGCUGUCAGUCCCGGACGAGACUUGUAACGGUGAACUCCCGCUGAGUGUGCAAUUCGGCCAUCGGGUCGGUGUAUGUAUUUUCCUUUCUUUUUGCCUCCCUUACCCAGGAUGCGCUGGUGACUCUGGUGCGCCUGGUGCCAGGAUACGGUGGAGCAUCGCCAGCAGGUUCGCCGAAUUUGAAACGGCGAAUUCCAAUCUACCAAUCCCACGCACCGUCUGGAUACAGUGUUGGCCGGGUUUCGGUGAAGCUCUCGGCUAUGUUUGCGUUGGUUGGAAUGGGCAAAAACGGCCGUCUGAUACGGGCGUGUAAAGCGGAAAAUCUCACGUUGUCGUAGGAAAUGAAAACUGAACUGACAAAACGCGAAUUAGCGAGCGAAAUGAAAAUUCUACAACGCGACCAACAUUGACACUAAUGCAAGCGUGCGCGCGCGCUCAAAAAUGCAAACAUAAAACAAAAUUCAUUUCGAGACCGAACGUCCGCACCUAGCGGUGGAGAGUGGUUUGCUUUCCUUCCCCGGGAAAAGCUUUAUCGGUUGAAGUGUGUGCGCGUGUGUGUGCAAAUCGUGGUGCUGGGAAGGAAACGAAUUCCAAUUGCGACUGUGUGCCACCGGGUAACUGCUACCGAACGUAACCGGCCAUAUAUUUCAAACGAUGGAAAUGUUUUUCCGGAAAAUGAUAAACACCUUCGCGGAAGGCGAACGCGCGUGAAGUUAUUCACUUUGGCAGCAAUUAACCGCGGUUACAGAUGUGCUCGGCACGGUGUUAGAAGGCACAGGAAAAGUGUGUACCCCAGUGUGUGUGGGUGUGUGUGGGGGUGCAUCUGCAUGAGGGUGUGAGCGUGUUCGUGAGUGGAAGAGGCGUGUGAUGGGAUUAAAAUAAAAGUUUAAUAAUGUGUCCGCUGAAGGGAAUGUCGCCGCCAACAAAGAUUGCUGCAAUAAUGGGUAACGGUGUGAAGCUGGUCACGAUCUGCGAUCCUUGCUAGGGGGAGGGAUGCUUGUUGAUACGUGGCUGAGUGAGCGUGUGUGUGUGAGUGUUUGUGAGUUGGCGGUUCGGAUCGUUGCGCUGUCGGUCACUAUUGCGACGUGCGUGAGCGGUUGAAGGCAGCCUGCGACUAGAGUAAAGGCUACAACCCGUUCGAGUGAGCGGGCGGCAUGAUGGAUAGAAUGCUUACGCGAUGGAAUCACAUCGGAGAGCCUUUGAAGCCGUUGUUUAUACGAUAAGGCCAACGGUAUCGCAGCGGGCGCCUUCGAACGAUUCCAAGGGAACGGGUGUCACUGGCCGUUCCACGGGCACCAUAGAACUCCUGACGGUGGGACAGAAACGCGGGAGCAGCAGCAGCAGCAGAGGUAAGAUAGUAAAAAUAGCUCGCACAGAGGUACGCUCAUCAACGACAGCAGGAUGGGUGGCUUUCCGUUCGAGCGAACGACGGUUGACAGCUUUCUGUCACGCUACACGACGGAGACAUCGAUACCGACCGCAACGACGACGGUCAUGGCCGUGGAGGAGCUGUUGUUCUUCAACGUUACACCGUCGGCCGACUCGCUGCCUACCGCCAACGGUACGCUGGACGUCCUGGUGGAGGAGUCGGAGCCGACCUACUCGCUAGCGCAGAUCAUCAUCCUCGGCAUCAUCGCGACCGUGCUGAGCAUCCUCACCGUGGCCGGCAACGUCAUGGUGAUGAUCUCGUUCAAAAUCGACAAACAGCUGCAAACGAUCAGCAACUACUUUCUGUUUUCGCUCGCGAUUGCCGAUUUCGCGAUCGGGCUCAUCUCGAUGCCACUGUUUUCGGUAACCACGCUGCUAGGCUACUGGCCGCUCGGACCGCACAUCUGCGACACCUGGCUGGCACUGGACUAUCUCGCAUCGAACGCGUCCGUGCUGAACCUGCUGAUCAUUAGCUUCGAUCGGUACUUUAGCGUAACGCGCCCCCUGACGUACCGAGCGAAACGUACCACUACCCGGGCGGCCAUCAUGAUUGGGGCGGCCUGGGGCAUUAGCUUGCUGCUGUGGCCACCCUGGAUCUACAGCUGGCCGUACAUCGAGGGCAAACGGACGGUACCGGAGAAGGAGUGCUACAUACAGUUCAUCGAGACCAAUCACUACAUUACCUUCGGUACGGCGAUUGCCGCGUUCUACGUGCCCGUCACCGUGAUGUGCUUCCUCUACUACAGGAUAUGGCGUGAGACGAAGAAGCGGCAGAAGGAGCUGAAAAAUCUGACCGGUGAUCGGAAAAAGGAUUCUUCCAAGCGGUCCAACUCAAGCGAUGAAAACACAGCCGUCAACCAUUCGGGAGGUCACGUGCUGCCGGCCAGUGUUGCCGACCCGGACGGUUGGCGAAGACCGCGCAGCGAGUCUUCGGCGGACGCGGAAAGCGUCUACAUGACCAACGCCGUCCUGCCGGACGGUGCCUACGGACAUGGCAUGCUCUCCCGACGUUCAAGCAUCACUAUGAACGGAGUCCCGAAAAAGCCGACCACCUUCUUCGGCGGCAUCAAGGAGUGGUGCAUCGCGUGGUGGCAUUCCGGGCGCGAGGACUCCGACGACUACGGGUAUGACGUCGAGGAACCGUCGGACUUAGGGUAUGCAACACCUGUAUCCAUAGAAACUCCCCUACCAAGCUCAGUCACCAGAUGCACCUCACUGAAUGUGAUUCGCGAUCCGUACGUGGCCGGCAGUGGUGGUCGCAGUAACGUUGUCAGCAUGAUCCCGGACAUUUCGCCCACACCGAUCCGGCCAGCGCUGCCCCCGUUGGCCCACCUGCAAGAUAUGCACGGUGCCCGGGACUCGCGCUCCCUGCCGAACAGCAACCGGCUGGGUUCGCGCUCCGUCAGCCAGGAUUCGGUGUACACCAUCCUUAUCCGGCUGCCGCCCGAGGGUGGUUCGGGCGAUGAGCGGGCUCCCUCGAUCAAAAUGAUACAGGACGAUGUGCCGAUGUCGAUGACGGUGCCGCCGAGACGGCCGCUACCGUCGCGCGACUCGGACUACAUCAUACCGGUCGCGACCCGGCGCCAGUCGACCGCCACCACCGACUUCCGGUUGCCGCUGUCGGCGAAAAUCAUCUCGAAACCGCUGUCCAAGCAGCAGCAGCAACUGCACCAAGCCAACCUCGCGCAAACGGCACGCCAGGUGAAGAAGAAGAAAAAGUCGCAGGAAAAGCGGCAGGAAACGAAGGCCGCCAAAACGCUGUCCGCGAUCCUGCUCAGCUUCAUCAUCACCUGGACGCCGUACAACAUUCUGGUGCUGCUGAAGCCGCUCACCGCCUGCGCCAAAUGCAUUCCGCAGGAGCUGUGGGACUUUUUCUACGCCCUCUGCUACAUCAACUCGACCAUCAACCCGGUCUGCUAUGCGCUGUGCAAUGCGUCGUUCCGGCGGACCUACGUGCGGAUCCUGACCUGCAAGUGGCACACGCGCAACCGGGAAGCAAUGACACGCGGUGUGUACAACUAAGGUUGAAUCGUGGAUGGGAGAUUUGGAGUGUUUGUUGGUUAAGUGUCCUGGGAUAACACUGGCAUUGGUUAGUCCGGCAUCGAAUAGAACGAAGAACUUUUGAGGUCCAAGCAGCUUAAGUUAUACGGUUGUAGAAGAACAUUUUCUCCUGAGUUGGCUAACACUGCCAUUAGCUUUUGUCCCACUUUUAAGCUCAAACCAGCGCUGCUCCAUUGUUAAGGCAAUUAAACUUUCUCUGCCUCGGAAUAUUUUUUCCUAUCCCGAAAAAUCUAACUUUAAUCCGUUUCGAAAUUCGCCCACAUCAAACUCACGUCCCGACGAAGAAGAAAGAAAGGACGCACGUUUCUGCAACUCCUUCUCCGAACAACAACGACAAAAAGCGUUCCACCCAAAACCGGAUAUCAAUCGACUUCCGAUGCAUCCGUUUUCGUGACGGGACAAGUCUCGCCGUAUCUCUUUGGCCCGUUCCCGGGAAUCCGGCUAGGGUUGGCUCGGGGUGUGUAGAUUUCUAAUAAGCGAGGCUACUCGACGCGAAACGGAAGUCAAACCGUUUGCUUUCACCGUGUCCCCUAGGUGUCAGCCCUGCAUCCCUGUUCUUUGUUUGAGCCAAAGGCUCCAAUUUAAUUCUCACUCGCCUGGACCGGACUCGGAUUCUAGCGAUUGUCUUUCCACCGGCAUGUGCCACACGGGGCGGGCAGAAGGAUUCUUUUCGAGGCUCUGUUUUGCACUUUGCGUGUCGUUCCGGUGGCUGGCGCUGGUGUUUGUGUGGCUGUUGCGUGUUUAAUUAAGAUUAAUGAGUGUAUUUGCUUUGCCGGCUGCUAUAGACAUAGACGCUUUCGCGCUAUGCCUCACUUACGAUCCGACACAGGAUGGUGCAAAAUGCUCAACCUAUCGUCAUUUGUUCGUGUGCGUGUGCGUGUGUCUGUACACAUACACAGAGAGAUACACAAAGACUUGCCGUGCUGUACUGCACGCAUAAGGCGAGAUUUUCGGGAAGGUUUCGCCAAUGUUAAUUACAUUAAAUCCCAACGUACAUCUUCGUGGACACGGACAAACAAAACCCAGCAGACAAAGUUUCCCUGCCACCGGCACACGGUUGGGGACAGCCAGAAGACUAAUUUCUUUUUCUUACGAUGUUGGGGCGCUGUGCUGUUGGAUUAUUAUUAAACGGAGGGCUGUAGGAAAACGUUAGGCUAAUUGCAAACCAUCCCAGGACUGUGAAACUGUUUAGUUGUGGCGCUGACGGAAUUAACUUAUUCGAAUGUACCGUUGUGCAGAUUUAGCGCAGGUUACCCACGGAUGGAUUAUGAUAUCGACCAUCAACCACCAUUCCGCAAUCACCGAUAAGGGGCGAUUGUAUGUUUUACGGCCUAAAUAAAAUUAGUACACCCAGUAUCGGUACAGUUUCGUGAGCAUGG